AUGAUUAACGAAGUGACAUACUGCUCCUUAAAAUCUCGAUCAUUCUCAAUACCUCCUCGGAGGAUGGAAAUGAUGAAGGUUCUCUCGGUUUCUUUCCUUCAAGAUUGGGAUCUGGUCAACGAUUCUAAUAACACGAUUAAUUUUGUUGAAGAAGGCGAUCCAACCAUCUUAUCUGCGAAAAUACCUAAUGGUAAUUACAGCAUCGCUAAUUUUCCGAAUGCCGUUGCUCAAGCAUUGAGUUCAGCCGGGACGCAAGCCUACAAUGCCACAUACGACUCUGUUACGAGGAGAUUGACACUUUCCACAUCUGGUAGCAAGAACUUCAAGGUUCUUGCUGCGUCGAGAGGAACGACAUCAUAUCUUCUAACAGGAAUGUCAAGAUGGAGUGAAACGGGAUAUUACAAGACUAUCACACUGAAGAAUGCUGUCAAUUUGUCCGGGUCGUAUCCAAUGCUUGUCACGAGUAACAUCCAAGUCCAAGGAAGCCGUUUCCUCAGUGACUUCAAUGAUUCCGCCCAAUCCGUAAUUGCUGCGGUUGUCCCUGAUUCCUUUGGCGAUGUAGUCACAUGGACUAACGAUGGAGGUGAAUGGCUCCCUGUUGAUGACACUAUCUCCAAAAUCGAAUUCUAUCUUAUUGACUCAAUGACCGGUUUGGAAGUUGCACUCAACAGUCCGUUAACCGUUCGGUUUGCAUUUACAGAUGAUGUUGCGGAUGUCUAA